GGCAGAGGAACUGGCCUGAGGAUGCGGGGUCGUCCUGCCACUACGCAGCAGCAAUGAAGAGGUUAUUUCCCCCGCCCCGGCAGGGGGAUAAAUUGAGGGUGCGAGGCGUCCCCACCGCCACGACCCGCCCGCCACGAUGGCCAUGGGACGAGUCCUACUCUGCUCUCUGCUGCUCCUGUCGCUGCAGCCGGGCCUCAGCAGGGGCCCCGGGGCUCGGGGUGCUCUGGUGGCGGAGGAAGAGCUCCGAGGGACCCAGAGGCCGCAGUUGGGUGCCCGCCUGCGCCGAGCCCUGGCCAGCCCGUGCCAGCUGUGGAGCCUGCCCCUACCUGUGGCUGAGCUGGGUCUGGGCUACGCUUCGGAGGAGACGGUCAUCUUCCGCUACUGUGCGGGCAGCUGCCCCCGCGGCGCGCGCACCCAGCACGGCCUGACGCUGGCCCGGCUGCGGGGCCAGGGCCGAGCCCACGGCGGGCCCUGCUGCCGGCCCACCCGCUACGCCGACGUGGCCUUUCUCGACGACCGCCACCGCUGGCAGCGGCUGCCCCAGCUCUCGGCGGCUGCCUGCAGCUGCGGCGCCUAA